AUGUCGACACUCGCUGACGAGCUCCUUCAGGACUUCGAGGGCUCCGGAUCCGAAGCAGGAGGCGAUGAGCACGACGAUGGCCUCUUUGGAGAGGCUGGCCUCUCGGGCGGCGCGCAGACGAAUGGAGGCGAUACGGCCAUGGAGGAACUGCGCGAUGAGGAUCUUGACGAAGCCGACGAAAACGCCGACAUGAUGGAUGGGCUAGAAGGCGGCACUGCGCCGGCCUUGGAAGACGACGACGGCGCGAAGGCAAGGAUCGAGAAGAUGCAGUUGGCCGGCGUCCGCGACGUGCGCACUGUGGCUGGCCUGAUGAAAACCCUGACACCUGUCCUUGAGAAAAUCGCACACUAUCAGUCGCAACCGGCCGAAUGGACAGACAACGUCGGCAACGUGGAGGACCAUCCCGAAUACCACCUUCUCACCCAAUCGAACAGCCUGUCUACUCAGAUUGACAACGAGAUUGUGCUCGUUCACAAGUUCAUCCGAGACCACUAUUCAGUGCGAUUCCCGGAACUCGAGACUUUGAUCACCAACCCGCUGGAGUAUGCAAAGGUUGUUGCGAUCUUGGGCAAUGGGCCAAUGGACUCGGAGAGUGUCAAGGCUCUCACAACAUCAACAGACAACCCUCUGGGCGUGUCGCUCAAGUCAGUCCUCGAUGGACCAUCCCUGAUGAUUGUCACGGUGGAGGCUACCACAUCCAAAGGUCAGGCGAUGCCGCCGGACCAGCUUCAGCGGGUGAUACAGGCAUGCGACAUGGUCAUUGCGCUCGACAAGGCAAAGAAGACCUUGACCGAGUAUGUGCAGUCGCGCAUGAACAUAUUUGCGCCGAACCUGACGGCGCUCAUUGGCUCUUUAACAGCGGCGCAGCUUCUCAACCAGGCCGGCGGUCUCACCGGUCUCUCCAAAACUCCGGCUUGCAACCUCCCGGCUUGGGGCUCGAGAAAACAAGCCAGCGCUGCGCUGGCCACCAACGUCGGCAUCCGACAUCAGGGCUUCAUCUUCCAGUCACCCGUCAUCCGGAGCAUCCCCAGCGACCUCAAGAAGCAAGCCAUCAAAAUGUUCGCCAACAAGAUCGUCAUGUGCGCCCGCACCGACUGCUUCCACCAGUUCCGCGACGGCUCCGAAGGGGAGCGGCUGAAGGACGAAUGCCUCGACCGUCUGGACAAGCUCCAACAGAAGCCCCUGAGCAAGGGAGCGCGCGCGUUGCCAGCGCCCGACGACAAGCCGAGCAGGAAACGCGGCGGUCGCCGCGCGCGCAAGGCCAAAGAGGCGACGGCCAUGACGGAGUUGCGCAAGGCGCAGAACCGGGUGGCGUUCGGCAAGGAGGAACAGGAGGUCGGCUACGGCGUGGGCGACAGCACCAAGGGCCUGGGCAUGAUUGGACAGCGCGACGACGGGCGCCUGCGCGUCGCUCAGAUCGACAAUCGCACGAGGGCCAAGCUCAGCGCUAAGAGCAAGGGCUGGGGCGGCGCCAGCUCGCUCGUCAGCGGAGGUGCGUCGUCGCUCCGGGCCCUUACCGGCGGCGGCGUGGGCAACCUCAGCCUGGCCAGCAGCAAGGGCCUGCGGACGUCGGGCGUGGGAACGACGCUCGGCUCCGCCACGGCCGGCACCGUGUCCUCGCUGGCGUUCACGGCGACACACGGCCUGGAGCUGGUCGAUCCCAAGGUGCAGGCCGAGCUGAGCCGCAAGCGCAAGGCGGACGAGGACAGGUGGUUUAAGAGCGGUGCGUUCACGCAGGUUGGAGGUGGGUCGGGGAGCAGCAGCAAUGGUGGUUUUAAGAAGCCGGAGCUGCCCCCGAGCAAAAGGCUUGACACUGGCUCGACCAAGUCAUAG